AUGGAACGAACACAACCUUCCCAUCAACUUGUUCUAGCAGCAUUCCAUGGCACCACACAGGCGAGUGCAGACAGCAUUGAUGCCAUAUGUUGCCAGUGUUCUGUCGCUCUCCACAACAAGGAUGUACCUCGAGUUCCCAAUAUCAAGAAGGGUUACAAUCCAACGACUUGGAUGUUAGACGUCAGCUACAGUGCUGCAGAAGCUCAACUUGAUGUUGAUUUUGCAAAAAAUUAUGCCAAUUAUGAUCUUUACGAAAAUAGACAACAAGACUUGCUCAAUCUGUUGGGAGCUACUUGUGCUGUUGUUCUUCUCUUGGGAGCCACUAAUGCUUCUGCAGUUCAAUCUGUCGUAGCAAUUGAAAGGACAGUAUUCUACCGUGAAAGAGCCGCAGGGAUGUACUCAGAGUUGCAGUAUGCAUUUGCUCAGACGGCUAUAGAGACUAUCUAUGUUGCAAUUUAG